AUGGAGAAUAAAAUAAUGAAAUUUAUUUAUUAUAUAUGGUAUUCUUGUCGAAAUUAUAAUCUUUCCCAAAUACUCAUAAGGCAACAUUUUAAUAAGUCCUAUUGUACAAAUUCUCAAGUUACUAAUGAAUAUGAAAUACCAAUAGAAAAUAUUCGUAAUUUUAGUAUUGUUGCACAUGUUGAUCAUGGUAAAAGCACACUUGCUGAUAGACUUUUAGAAAUAACAGGUGCAAUAAAAAUAAAUUCUGGUAAACAAAUAUUAGAUAAACUACAAGUUGAAAAAGAACGUGGAAUUACAGUUAAAGCUCAAACAGCAUCCCUUAAUUAUACAUAUAAUGGAAUCAAUUAUCUUCUUAAUUUAAUAGAUACACCUGGUCAUGUUGAUUUUUCUGCUGAAGUACACCGUUCAUUAGCUCCUUGUCAAGGAGUAAUUUUAGUAAUAGAUGCAAAUGAUGGUGUACAAGCACAAACUAUGGCUAAUUUUCACUUAGCCAUUAAACACAAUUUAGUUAUAAUACCAGUAAUUAAUAAAAUAGAUUUAAAAUAUGCCAAUCCUGCUAAAGUUAUAAAUCAAUUAGAAACAUUAUUUGACAUAAAAGAAUCAGAUGUUUUAAAAAUAUCUGCUAAAUUAGGCACUGGAGUACAUAAGAUUUUAGAUGCUAUAAUUGAAAGAAUUCCACCACCUAAUGUAUAUAGAAAUAAACCCUUCAGAGCUUUGAUAUUUGAUAGUUGGUAUGAUAAAUAUAAAGGAGUAAUUUUACUGAUAUAUAUUAAAGAAGGAUCUUUAUCUAUAAAAGAACAUAUUACUACAAUGUAUACUAAGAAAUCUUAUGAAGUUAGAAAUCUUUCAUUAUUGAGACCUUCUGAAGAAUAUGUAAAUAAAUUAUUUGCAGGUCAAAUUGGAUGUAUUUCAUGUAAUGUGAGAUCUUCCAAAGAAAUAUUGAUUGGAGAUACAUUACAUAUAAAAAAUCAAAUUACUGAACCUUUACUAGGAUUUAAAUCACCAAAACCAAUGGUUUUUUCAGGCAUCUAUCCAAUUGAUCAAUCAGAAUUUCAUAAUAUACAAAUUGCUAUUGAAAAAUUAACAUUAAAUGAUAGUAGUGUUUCUGUUGCAUUAGAAUUUAGCGUAGCUCUUGGUCAAGGUUGGAGAAUUGGAUUUUUAGGUUUAUUACAUAUGGAAGUAUUUAUGCAAAGAUUAGAGCAAGAAUAUGGUGCACUUUCAAUUGUUACAACUCCUAGUGUUACAUAUAAAGCAAAAAUUAUUGGUAAAAAGAAUAUUAAAAAGUACAAAACUGAUAUGAUUUCAUUUAAUAAUCCUGCAAAUUUUCCUGAUCCUCAAAUUAUAGAAGAAUUUUAUGAACCUAUGAUACUAGGAACUAUUAUAGCACCAAAUGAGUACAUGGGUACAGUAAUGACUUUAUGUUUUGAAAAAAGAGGAGUACAACAUUUCACGAAAAAUAUUGGUCAUAAUAGAACAUUGUUUCAAUUUUUGCUACCAUUGAACGAAAUUAUUAUUGAUUUCCAUGAUACAUUGAAACGUAUAACUUCAGGAUAUGCUACUUUUGAUUAUGAAGAUCAUGAUUAUGAAUCUACAAAUAUUGUAAAAUUAAAUAUUGCUUUAAAUGGUAAUAUAGUGGAAGAACUUAGUACUAUUGUACAUACUAGCAAAGUUCAAAUAAUGGGUAGACAAAUAUGUGAAAAAUUAGUAGAUAUUCUCCCACGUCAAUUAUUUGAAAUAGUAAUUCAAGCAAUUGUUAAUGGAAAGAUUAUUGCAAGAGAAACUUUAAAACCAUACAAAAAAAAUGUAACUGCAAAACUGUAUGGUGGAGAUAUUACUAGAAGAAUGAAAUUAUUAACUCAACAAGCAGAAGGAAAAAAAAAAAUGAAGAUGAUCGGAAGAAUAUGUAUACCAAGAGAAACAUUUAUAAAUCUUUUUAAAAAAUAAUA